AUGUCAGCGCGUCGCGGCGGCAAGCCGUCCCUCGCGGACGACCUGGGCGACCUCCUCACUCCCACGGCGGCUCCCGAGAGGGACCCGCUGAACGACGAGACGGGCGGGGGCGCCGGGCUGCUCGGCGACGUCGACGAUGCGGACAUCAGCUUCGGGCCGAUGGGCGCCGCUCGCCUGCGCGCCGACGUGCACAUGGAGGGCGAGGCCUACCGCGGGAGGCGCUCCAGCAGGGCGGCCGUGUUCGGCGAAGAACCGGACGGACGCGGGCCCGCGGCGCCGGGGGGCGCGAGCGGGAGCGACGGGGGCGCCUCCGACGACACCGGCGGGAGCGAUGGCGCGGCGGAGAGCUCGGGAGACGAUGCCGAGGACGGCGACCAGGCGGCGUCGAUGAGCGAAGACGAGGACGCGGGUGCUGCGUCGUCGCCGCGCUCCUCCGAUGAAGACGACGGCGGCGGCGCGAGCGACGACGACUCCGACGAGGACGUGCGCGACCUGGGCGGCGCCGGGGCGGGCGGGGACCUCGACGACGAGCUGGACGCGCAGGAGCUGAGCGAGCGCGCCCACGUGGAGCAGAUGCGGGAGCGGCGGCAGCGGGAGCAGAGCAAGGGCCGCGCCGUGCGCAACCAGCGCAGGCUGUACGAGAAGGCCCUGGGGUGUCGGAUCCUGCUGCAGAAGCCCUUGGUCGGGGCGUACCGCCUCCCCUCGCGGCGCGUGGCGGCCCAGAUCCCGCAGGUCGCGCCAGAGGCGGGCGAGGCGCUGGAGGCGGUGCGGCGGGAGGCGCGGGACACCGUGGCGACGAUCGUGGCGGUCAUGGACGCGCUGAUGGAGCGCAACCCCGCCAUCGAGGACCGCGCGGGCGUGCUGGGGCGCGGGGACCUGUCGGCGCUGUCGUCGAGCAAGCUCUGGCGGGCGGUCGAGGCGCGGGACGGCGUGCUCGCGCCGUUCCGGGACGCGGCCGUGGACCGGUGGCACCGCCGGACCAUCCUCACGUCCGGGAAGGCCGCCCUGAAGAUGCAGGGGCUGCAGGCGCUGAGCCAGAGCGUGUCGCAGCAGGUGUCGGGCAUGAUGGCCGAGCUGCCGCGCAGCCUCGAGCGGUCGCGGCUCGCGUACGACGCCCGCCCCGCGGUCCUGUGCGGCGGCCCCGCGCCGGAGCGCCCCGCGGCGGCGCGCGACCCCGAGACGUACGACGACGGGGAGUUCUACCGCCUGACGCUGCGGGAGUUCCUGGAGAGCGAGGGCGGCAAGGGCGCGCCGGCGCCGCACGCCAAGAAGGCGCGGAAGGACGUCGACCGCCGCGCGAGCAAGGGCAGGAAGCUGCGCUACCACGUGCAGGAGAAGCUGGUGGCCUUUACGGCGCCGGUGCACGAGGCGCACCACGCGCUGAGCAGCCAGAUCUUCAACAACCUGUUCGGGUCGAGCUCGUGA